GCAUAAUAUUUGUCACGCUAAUAGCGCGCCUUCGCUGCGGAGUAGCUUGCUGACAACUCUAGCAAUAGUGCAAUUGUAACUAGUAUCUAGACGCGCAUAGUACAGUAGUAACCGUUGGAGCAAAAAAGGUAGCUAGUUGGCCAACAAUAGCUGGACGGUAUCACACUAGUAACCUGUCAUUCAAUCAAAGCAUAUAGAGAACUGCAGCUAGCGAGUUGCUAGCUACACAUCACAGACAUGGGUUUACUGGAUCAGUGUGAGGAGUUGUUCAAGACGUCAAAUCUGUAUGAUGUCAUCGGAGUAACAAAGGAUGCGUCAGAGGCAGAGAUUCGACGGGGUUACUACAAGGUGUCACUACAAGUCCACCCCGACAGAGCAACUGGUGACGAGCAAGCCACUGCCAAGUUCCAGGCUCUUGGGAAGGUGUAUGCGGUGUUGAGUGAUGCGGACCAAAGGGCCAUUUAUGACGAGCAAGGCGUCAUAGACGAAGAGUCUGACUCCGUUGACCGAGAUCGGAAUUGGGAAGAGUACUGGAGAACAAUGUUUCCUAAGAUCACACUUCAAGACAUCCUGGACUUUGAGAAGUCCUACAAGGACUCCGAGGAGGAGAAGCACGAUCUGAUGCGGGCCUACGAGGAGCACAAGGGCGACAUGGACAAGAUCAUGGAGAAUGUGUUGUGCGCCACCCAGGAGGAUGAGCCACGGAUCCGAGCCAUCCUCCAGUGUGCCCUCGACUCCAAGGAGCUACCCCCUCACAGGGCCUUCACCAAUGAGAGUGCGAAGAAGAAAAGCGUCCGCAAACGCAAGGCCGAUAAAGAGCGCAAAGAGGCAGAGGAGAUGCAGAAAGAGAUGGGCCUGGACAGCGAGGACAGCCUAGUUGCCAUGAUCAAGAAAAAUCAGAAGUCAAAAGAAGCAGGCUUUAACAAUUUAAUGGAUGACCUGGAGGCAAAGUACUGCAAGAAGAAAACCUCCUCAGGAAGGAAAGGAAAGAAGUGACUCAUUAUAAAACAUUCCUGUGGCUUGUAGCUAACAGUUAACUCUGUUCUCAGUUAUAUGUUAUGAUUACGGUGGGGUAGUCACUCUGAAAUGUAAUGUAUCUAAAUGUAUUUUUUUAGAUGAGCUUGUAAUUCCUUGGGCAAUGGUUUAUUUAUCAUACCAGCCUCUGUAUCCAGCUGCCUUGAUGUUUCUAGUGGUUAUGUAUAUCAAAACUUUAUCAAUACAUGACAUCAUGUUGGUGAUGUGUUUCAUGGGUAGCCCGUAUGUCUUUUUCCCACAUUGCACUUCUGUCAUGGUUUUCUUAAUUAAUAUAAAAGCAUUGUCCAAA